GACGCCUUGCCCAGCCCACAAACCUGCUCGAAAUCGACGAAGACUGUGGUGCAGCGACGCAUCGACUUUCUACAUCAACUGCCGCCCUACUGAUUGCAAAAAGCUAGCAUGCAGCGCCUAUUAGCGCUCUCGUUGGCAUGCACUGCUUGCACCGCCCUGCAAGCGCCACGCCCGGCUAGGACUACACGGCUGCAACUGGCUGCAGAAUCCGAGGAAUGCAUCGCCCUAGGCCUCGAAACGCUGAAUGAGGUAUAUGCGCAGUGGGGCGUCUGCGUCGAGGAGAGCACGGCGAUCAAGGUCGGCGGCCUCCUCUUCUCCCCGCAAGACCCGCGGACCUACGGCACCGAGACUGUGGACGGAAUCAUUUUGACGCGGAGUCCCGGCCUCGGCAUCGAAUUGCUCGAGGUUGCCAACAACAAUGAGGGCGUUGGUAUUGUAGUGGUGGACGGCACGGUUGCCGGCUCGUCGGCGGCCGACUCGGCGCUGCAGAAGGGUGAUGUUAUUGCGUUCGUCGGACAGCCGGGCGGCCCCUUCGAGAGCGUCGAGGCCAAGACCUGGGACGACACCGUGGAUGCUCUGGGCCGCGUCGAGGGCGACCAGGUGGAGCUCGUCGUGAAGCGGCUGGUGAAGCGGCCUGUGGUCGACGUGACGGUCAAGCACCCCAACGGUGAACAACCAGAUCAGGUCCUCCGACUCUUCGCGGGCGAGAACUUGCGCCGAGCCAUGCUCACGCGGCGAGUGGCCCUGAACGACCCCCUCGCGCGGCGCUUCGACGAUAAUGAUGUCGGGGGCGACUGCGGCUCCGGCGGCGCCUGCUGCACGUGCGCUGUGGCGGUCCUUGCAGGGGCCGAGAUGCUCUCGCCCCAGAAGGCCUCCGAGCGGCAAAUCAUGAAGACGCUCCGCCAGCCGCGCUUCCGCCUCGCCUGCAAGACGGCCGUCGGCGAGGGCCUCCAGAACGGCGAGACGGGGAAGAUGACGAUCCGCAUCAACCCGCGGCAGCACAAAGGGUAGAGCCGCGACCGCGGCGAUGGCGUGCGCAUGGAAAUGCCGCAAAUGCGACGGAGGUAGGC